GAAUCAGUUGGUUGGAAUUCGUUGGAGGGCCAUCAGGUGUGCGCUUUCUCGCCGUUCGCCGAUCGGUCGGUUUCGGUUUCUUUGCUAUUGUUAUCGUAAUUCGCUUUUCGUCGUUAUCGCCUGGUCUAGCCGGAAAACGGAAACGGUGCGGUAGUCGCGUGAGGUGCGUGCGUGAUUAUUUCCAAGCGAGUGGAGCAGAGUGGAAUAGGGAACCGCAGGGGGAUUUUGUUGCUUUUAGUGGAUGGUGGUCGUUGGUUGAACUGAUUGGAAAGGUGCUUCCGGCAAGGUGACGAAGUGACGAAGGCUCGCCACAUCGUUGAAAGAUGUGCUCGGUCUAGUUGGAAGUAGUGGAAUUUCCUCAACAUAAAGUAAACUCUUUCCAAGAGGACAUCCAUCAGCACUCUCCAGUAAAGGGCCAUCACUCACGAAAACAACAGCCAAUUCAGAGCAAAGGAGUCGGGGAAGAAAUCGUCAAGAGGAAGAGACCCUAUAUUGGAAGCCGAAGUUUAGCGCGAACCGAUCCAGCGAGGGUGCGUUCGGGAGCGGGGGGUGAAAAACAAGUGUAAAUUGAUAUUUAUUGCCAGUGGGAUUCCGGUUGCCACAGCGAGUCGAGUUUUGUCCAUUUUGUUCCGGAUUCGGAGGGAGCGGGGGGCAAAGUUGGGUCCAAGGACGGGUGGCUGCCCGUUGCCAUUAACCUUGCCAAUGGUAAAAUAACAAUUAGAGAAAAUUGGAAAACGGAAAAGUUGUGCACCGGAGCAAAAAAGAAAACAAAAAACACACAAGGAAAGAAAGGAGAACCGUGAUUGAAGGCGAAGUGUUAGUGUUGUUUAUCGUAAAAAAGGAACUGUGAACCGUAACCCGGGUGGAGAAUCUUGUCAGCUGUGCAACCUAAUUGGCAAAAUCAUCAAUUGGGCACCGCAAAAAAUAGAUUGUGAACUUUGAUUUGACCUUUGGCAGCAGCAGGAACAUUUACUAGAGCACAAGUGGUGAGCCCCGACUGACGAGAGGAGUUGUGGCACCAUUUGUAGACAAGCAAUUUGUCGUUAUUUAUUUAACGCUGACAGUUUGCCAUCAUCCGUUUCAUCUAGGAUUACCCCGCCUCAUCACCGUCACCUUCGGCCUCAGUGGUGAACAUUGACCCGUCAACGCCCGUCAACUCGUGAAAUUCAGCCACCAUGACUCCCUCCUCGCGAAGCUCGAGUUGGGCUGCCCUGGCAUUCCUUCUAACGCUCACCUUCACAAGCCUCCUGCAGACGACUAUGGCCCGAAGCUACGAAAAAGAUAGCUACCGAAAAGGCAAAUCCACACAGAUAUCUGCCUCGCAGCCCACGAUCACCACUCCCCUGGUAGAUCUCUGCUCCGAGGACAUCAACAUGAAGCUGGCCUGCCACUGCUCACCGGAAGGUCACGCCAAAGCACAGAAAGCAUCCUGCUCGAUAUUCGACGGGGAACUGCCCCGAAAGGACGCCAACUGGUUGGCCUUUCACACGCAGACCAGCCUGGAGAAUCUCAAGUUCACCGUACGCAAGUCCGGUAACCUCACCUACAUCCCUUCGGACGUGCUCUUCACGUUGAAGAAACUCCGAACGCUGACCAUCGAGUAUGGCAUCAUCUCGGACAUCUAUCCGUACGCGUUCGGCAACCUGACCGAGCUACGGACCAUCAAUCUGCCAAACAAUCAGAUCAAAACACUGCACGCCAAUGCUUUCGCCAAUCAUCCUUCGUUGGAUGAGAUUAUGCUGGAGAACAACGACAUCCGACGGAUAGAUCGAGAAGCAUUCGUCAACCUGCCGAUGUUGAUCAAACUGAACCUGGCGAAUAAUACAAUUGGGGAAUUGCAUGAUAAUGGAUUUGUUGAGCUAACCAAAUUGGAGGAGCUUCGGCUGGAGAUGAACAUGAUCUCGGUGCUGGCCAAGGAAUACUUCAAGGGGUUGGAGAAUUUGAAGGUGUUGAAGCUGUCAUACAAUGACGUGAAUUAUGUGGGCGCAACGGUGUUUGCCGACCUGUGGAGUCUGCAGAUGUUGUUCCUGGAUGGGAAUAAAAUUGAGAAAUUAGACGAACGAGCAUUCGACGGAUUGAACAACCUGCACUAUUUGCACUUAGAGAACAACCGGCUGACGACGCUGGAAAGUGGAACGUUCACCAGUGUUUCGGCCUUGGUGUUGCUGAAUUUGGAUGGGAACUCGCUGGAAACGCUGAGCUUCAGUCAUGUCGUUCCACUCAUGGACAACCUGGUCAACAACAGUGCGAUUCUGUCGAUCAGAGACAACCGCUUCAUCUGCGACUGUCGGCUCUCCUGGGUGUACGAUCUGAGCAACCGCACCCGCAACGAGGAUCUUCGCGAAAGCCUGAACAAAAUCGAAUGCACCAUCGGCACCAAGAACUCCUACAACAGCAACCCCCGGCAGAACCAAGCGGCAGACUCGUCUUUCUUGGAAUCACCCUUGGACGAAGACGGAGACUAUUUCGAGGAUGCCGCCCUGGAUAACGAAGCCAUCGAGGAGGAGAAGCCCGAAGUGGUUUACCUGUUCAAGGUCGGCAAGGAGAAGCUGUACUGCCCAGAGGAACUAAUCGGUCCCACCGAUGGGCCAAAUCCACGUGCAUCCAAAGGCAUCCUGGACCUUCCGUGGAUGCCCUCGGGAGCUAGUGCCAUUCGGCCGAGCAGCAGUAGUACGAUUAUUUCCGCUCUCGCUUGCAUUAUCGUUUCCUCCGUAGGCUUAGUGGUGAUCUCUAGCGUUAGAUGGUAAAUUUGAUAACUUAUUUUCCCGCUGUGUAUGUAUUAGACGUGUAAGAGUGAAUAGACGAAGCUAAAAGACAAAGAUUGACAAAGUAAACUGCAUGAUUUUUGGGAAAAAGUCAAACCCCUCGUAAGAACUGCGCUACCAAACUAGGAUGUAAUGUAAACGGUCCCCAAAAGUGAACGUGCAGGCCCGAAGUCGGAGAACGAGUAUUUGUGUCCCCGAGAAAACCUCCUGAUCUUUAUAGCUACUUCUCUUUUUAACUGGUAAAGAUAGAUUUAAGCUAAACAAUAAAGUCGAUAAAUCACACACACAAAACACACAGAUUCUUCUACACAAUAAAAACAAAGGAGUAACCAAGAAAGAAACAAGUGAUGAUUAAGUGAGACAUUAAGGAACUAAGCAGAAACCAAUCGCCGAAAAUGAAUUAAGGAAGUAAAUUUUAACAGUAGUGAAAUCUCUUCAGUCACUUCAUUAUAAGUAAGUAAAUAACAAAUCAGAAUAAAAAGUAAACAAAAAAGUGGAACUAAUAAAACCCGAGAAAAGCAGACGGAAACCAAGAAUUUGAAAAUCUACUUUUUAGAAUUAUUUUUGAUAAAGCAAUAAAAAUUGAUUUUCAAAGCGAA